UUAUUUCUAGCAAAAAUUCUGUCCAGCUUCCUAUUUUGAAUUGUGUACCAUUCGUCGUUCGUCAUCUUGUUCUUAUCCGCUUCGGACUCUUCUGUUGCAAUUCCCAUUUCUGUUACUCCGCUCAAUUGGGUAUCCGAACUCUGAUCACGCUUUCUUUUUGUUUCUCGUAUUGCUUCGUUUCCAUUGUCAGCCUUUUUGUUGUUGUCGAUGGCAGGUGGUGGCAACUGAGUUUUUUUAAGUUGCGGCGGUCCAGUUUCGAUAUGUUGAUGUUGGUUUGAUGCUUUUGUGGCUUCCGAACACUUGACGUUAGGAUGCGCAAGUUUGUUGCAAUGUUGACAGGUGACGGGCUGAUUUCGGUACGUCACACUAGUCAUUUGAUCUUUGAUUCGAAUGUAUGACGGAAUGUGCUGCUUCAAUUCAAUGCGCACAACUCGAACACCGUUUGGUGUACCCGGGAAAUACUUUUUCCAAACCUCUCGUACUACUGAUUUAACUUUACCAUACUGGGCCAUAUGCUCCGCGACGUCUACGUUGGGAAUAUCUGGCGGCAAAUCGUGGACUCUGAUAUUGAUGGCAGAGUCUUCCAUGAAAACGGGGAUGAGGAACUUUUUGCUAUCAAUUAUCAUUGAAUGUUUCAAAUGAUGUGAAGCGGCCAGAUUUUCUGCCACCUCCAAGUUGCAAAACUCAAUAAGAGCUUGCUUACGGAUGCUGUGUAGUUGAAGCACUUUCACUGUCGUCAAGUCCAGUUUGAUUUCCUGUUGCAGAAAUUUGUGCACGGCGGCAGUAUUCGGUCGAGCUGGCAAUACGCUGAAGUCGACGACUAGCGUAUUUUGGCGUGUACCUCCCAUUGUUGGAAUUAUAAUAGAAAGCUGUAGCACGGAUAGCAAGCAGAAAGUGAACCGAUGCGGUUGAGAGCUGGCUGACAACUGACUUGAACGAGUUUAGUUUUGCAUGUAUGCAACUAUAUAUUCCAAUGCGAGUUAAACUGACAUAAAAAUUCAAAGUACCAAAUGAAGUACACGUAAUCCUCUCAAUAUACAAUACGAUUUCAAUUGUUUCUUUGUGAUUUCGUUUGCACGUUUACGCGAGUAAUGUAAAUGAAUAUUGUUUAUUGCGAAGUGGUCAUGUCUAAAUCUAAAUCGAUCCAUACGCUUAUAGUUGUUCACUAGAUAGAUCGUUAUAAGACAAAACAGUAACAUUAGGUAUAUGCGAUGAAAAUUGGCCAUCCUUCGUACAUCAAUACGAUAGUGACCGAAAAUACUACGUUAUACGAUGUAAUGCGUUUGUUUUACGUAUGUAAUGUGAUGUAUACGACUUCCGGUAGUCUAGAGAUCUAGAAGGUGACAUUAAUGCACAAACGAAAUACAUUAGUAAAACCGAUGUGAGUGUCGUGAGUGCGGUCUACCGACCACCUUCGGCGAUAUUUGAAUCAAUCGUUAUAAAGUGUUGCUUGGCAAGCGAGUAGAGUGUGACGUCUGUUUCUCUCUGGUAUAAUACUUCAUAACUCUGUGGAACAGCAUACAAGUGAAGAAUUUUGACUAUUUCUCAGUAAAAAUCCAAAAACCCCGAUCAACUAAAACAGCGCGGUACUGCAAACUCCCCUGUUAAGAGAAAAUCCAUCAAACAAGAAGAAAAUUAAGUUAGUGGUUUAAUUGACGACGGCUACGACGACGACGGGUGGCGUGUGCCACUUCCGAUCCGGGUAAUAGGGUCAAUUAAGUGCAUCGAGUGCUAUGGAGCAGCAGCAGCAACAGCCGCAGUGUAAUUAAUACGACAAAUUGCAUAAGUUUUCUGGAUAGUGCAACGAGGUGGUAAAUCAUAGGAAAACAAGUUGCUGACUAGUGCCGAUUUAGUGCUAAACGCGCACACCCGAACCGAAUGUGAUGAAUCAUGCUUGCUUGGUUCUAUGGUGUAGCAAGCAUAACCGAGCGAGCUCCUCCGAUCUGGUAACCGCAAUCACAGAUGCCACCAGUCACGUCUCGUGUCUGCUGCCGAUGGUGAAGUGUCUACAACAGGUUCUUGUGUAUUGGACGGUUAACUCCGGAUCUCGAAUAAUAGUUGUUAGAUUGGCAUUGAAGUUUUCUGCAAUUCAGCUCGAAUUGGUUGACCGCGUACCCUGUCUGGUUGCAUGUACUUGAGAGAAGAAAAAAAACGAUAGAAUCGAUGAAGUGAGCUCGUAGUGAUUGGUGCUAUUUAUAACAUCGGUGCUAAUUACAGCAGCCCCAGCCGAGGUGGCAGGCAACAACUAUAUUCGAACCAUCAUCACAGGAUGUUUGUGGGAAGAAACUGUUCAAGCUAUCGGUGAUGAGGAAGAUCGAAACAUCAAGUGCCACUACCAAACCUACUUAGGCAACAGUGUUUGACGUUGGUUGUUUGGUGCGAUGUUCAUUCUGACGAAAGCGAAAAUUUGUCUGCGAAUCAAGUGUUUGUGGUGACCUGCAACUGUGUAAGUGCGACUGUAAUCGCGAGAAGACGAAAAAGAAAAUAUAAGUAAGCAGAAGUAGCUCGAGCACAGAGCAGUUUAUCAGUGCGUAAUCUACUGGAACGUGUUUGUCAAAGAAGAUUGCCUUUUCGUCGGCUACCAUGGAUAAUUAAGCCCAAGUCAAAAGCUACACGCUGUUAACAUGGCUUCCCUCACGGACCCUCCUCGACUGAAAUCGUACUCAAAUGUGUGUAGUGAUUGAUCGAUAACCGACUCGCUAUCGUAAACUUCCUUGUUAGUAAACCAACUGAACACAAGUCAACCCAGAGAGCACCAUGCGUUCCAUCCGCAAGUCGAUCGCCGAGUCCGACGACGAUGCCACGCGGUCCUCGUUGGGUGGUGGAUCCAGUGCGGCCACCGCCCAACGCCACAUCGACUUGAGUUUGCUGCGGAAACCGAUCCUGACCGCCGUCACCGGAUUCGUGGAGGCCUUCAAAGCGUACGAAGCUGGUACGGAGGAAAUCCGCAAACUCCUAUCGAGCGAGUGCGACGUCCUGUACGAGUGCCGAGUCUGUCGGAACAUUUUCCGCAGCUUGACCAAUUUCAUAUCGCACAAGCGCGUCUACUGUCGGAAGCUGUUCAACGCGGCGCAGCACUUCCACUUCCAGAACGAUGGCUUCCUCGAUCAGGACAUUGCCACGAUCCUGCAAGCCGAACAAGACAGUCAGAACAAGGCGAAGAAGGCUCACGCCGACAUCCUGAACAAAGACCUGUCCAGUAUCAUCGAACGACUGAGGCGGAAACAGCACAAAGCAGGCGCCGAACUGAGCAUGACUGAUUACUACGAUAAGGUUAACCAUAAGCUAACGCAGGAUGAUCUCAGCAGGCGGCAACAUUUGCUGCAGCUGGAUCGCGUUCCCGCCACCGAGGCAGCUGUGUUUCAAACCGUGCGGAUCGGGGUGGUCGAUUGCAUGCGGACCCAGGUCGGGGAACUGGAGAAUCUGAACAACAAUAACAACGAUACGGUGCUGGGGCCGGACGGGAAGGUGCUCGCGCCGCGGUCUCGACCGCAAUCGACGCUUCCGGUUAUACGGGGACCAUCGGAGCAGUACUUCAAGCCGAUUGAGUUGGAACGUGAGGGGAAGGCGGAGGAUAGAGGCGGCGGUGAGGAGGCAUCCGAAGGUCACAGUUGCCUGGAAUGUAAUCUUCGAUUCGAUACGGAGAAGACGCUGAAGUUGCACACCGACAUGAAGCACACGCCGUCGACCUACGUGUACACUUGCCCAUCGUGCCCCAAGACGUUUAUGCAGCCGGGAGCGGUAAUACGGCAUCUGUGCAACGAUCACAAAAAAUCCAUGCGCCGCAUCAAAAUGAUGCGUGACUCCAUCCUGAAACGGCGCGUCCGAGCGGACGAGGUGGUCGUCAAGGGUCCAUCGCGUGAAGUGUCCCGUCUACUGCAGGCAGCUUCCAGCAUGUCGGCCACCAACUCGUCCUCCCAGGACGGAGCCACCGGUUCCUCUUCCUACGGUAUGCCGGACGAUCACGACGAAGCCGCUGCCACCCGGGCCUGGAUGGAGAACCUGGAACACUUCGAUCAGGGCCCCAUGUGCUCGUACUGUGGCAAAACGUUCGAACGGAAGGCCGUCCUCAGCACGCACAUGCAAACGUGUGUGCACAAGCUACGGCAGACCGAGAACGGCUCGGUACCACCACCGCCGGCGUCCUCGUCCAGUUCGUCCAGCGGCAGCAGCAGCAGGAGGAGUAGAACCAAGGACGAGUCGUCGCUACCGGCGGUGGUAACGAAAAUCAAACUGGAACCCGUCGAACCGACAGCCAGCGACGACUCGAACUCCUACGAUGUGCCAUUGUCGACGCUGCAGGCGCGGAUCAGUCAGGAAACGAAGGUGGUUGAAAGCGUCGUAACGAUCAAACCGGAGGAACUGGCGCUGCAUGAAGACGUGGAGACGAGUAACAGGCGGAAGCGCAAGAAGCCUAUGAUUAUGCUGCGAAACGCAACCGAUGAUAUUAGUUGGGAAACGGAAGAAAUAGUGGCAGCGGAAGAGACGAGUGCCGUCGAAGUAAGUGUUAAGCCAAGUGUGCCAAUCAAACGAGAUGUGCUCGAGGGUAGUGAAGUGGCCAAAAAGGCGCCUAGGAAUCGAAAGAAGAAAACAGACGAAAGUGAAGUGAAUGAAGCGCAUGAGAAGGAUUUGAUCAGGAGGCUGGAUCAGGGAGAGGAGAUAGAGUGCCGCUGUUUGAAGAAGUACAAUGAUCCUGAAAAGUACAAACGACACUUGAAGGUUUACCACAGCAGACAGAGGCGUUUCUGGUGCGCCAUUUGUGAGUUCAAGGGCUAUAGGAAGGUGGACACCAUCAACCAUUUGAUGCAGGAACAUAAGUACGAAGGCGACGUUGAGGACCUCAGCUCGCUGAUCAACUUCCAACCGGUGGAGAAGCCAAAGAAAGCUGUGCCCCCUUCUCCGGCCAACAACGAGCCUAUCAACUCGAUCAUCGAGGCUGUGAGUCGAAUCUGUGAUACCAGCACCACGGACAUAUCCUUUAUGGAAGUGUCCACCGAACAAAUCACAAUGGACAGUACAACGUCAUCGUCGGUGAAUGUGACGCUUAACACCACCACAGAAGUGCCAACCCCGGAACCGUCUUCGCCCAAGAAGCGGCCAAAACGACCAACUCGCGCUCUCCGGGAAUCCAUAUGCAUUACACCGGAGGAAGAUUCCUCCAAGAAGCCGACGAAACCCCCCGUCGUCCCACUGGAAGACAGUGGUAGUCCUACCUCGAGGCGACCGAUCCGUAACCGGGUGAAACCCGUUAACAAGGAUUUCGUGUACGACUUGACCCACUUGCUGUACAAAGAGGAAGAUUUCGAUAAGUUUCCUCUGGUGGAUCUAAUGCAAGACAAGGCUACGCAUCCAAGUAAACCCCUCCAACAGCCCGAUUCUAGUCGUGUUCCUCCCGUGGCCACCGUUUCCCCAAGCAAACGGGAAUCCCUCAGGUCGCACGUUCCGAAACCCAUUCCAUCCCAUCUGUACCGGGGCGCCGCCCUCAAGAUGGCCACUCGGCAGGUCGAACUCGGACGGGCAGCCUUCCAUCGUCCUCCGGAGCUUCCCCAGGAACGUUCCUUCAUUCCCUCGCAAAUGUCCCCUCCCCGCCGGAUAACCAGCAUUCACGAUUGGCCAGUCGUCAAGAAGGAUCGCAAAAUCGGUUCCAUCACCAAGAUGCCAGAGUCCGACAUCCAGAUCAAACGUCGCUACGCUAAGCGAGUCUCUUCCAUAGUGGACACCCUUCAGCCGGAACUGAACCGUGAAAGGCGUAAAAUCAUUCCCCGACGGAACAGUGUCAUUCCCAUGCGCCCAAGGCAGUCCGUUUCCAUCGAGAUCCUGAACAAGCUGAGCGCUUCCCGGACGGCUGCCGGACUGGAGGUGGUUCAGCACACCGAUAUCCCCCCGGUGGUGAAGUGUCCUAACGAGGCGGAACUUCGACGGGUUAUCGAGGCCAACCUGAAAGACCAUCGGGCGACGAUGUCGCUGGCCAAUCCCAACGGGACGACCGUGGAAGAUUUAAACGGAUCUUCGACGACGACGGCAUCGGAAGAGGAAGUGAUUUCGCCGAGAAAACGCAUUACGCUGAUGCAGCGGUUGCAGGAGAAUCGGACCAAACGGAUGCAGGAGCAAAACGGCAUCACACCAACCAAGGAGAAGCCAUCAACGCCAACGUCAUCUCCCUCCUCCCCUCAACCGGGAACGUCCUCCAACGCCGCUAUGCCCGGAAGGGCUCCCAGCAGCAGAUCCCUCAACGUCGCCGAUAUGUUGCAUGCCAAACUGAAACGAUUUUCCUCGCAUUCCUCGCAUUAGUGGCGGCGGGACAGGAAAUUUUGACCACUGUCGGUCCAAGCGUUUCUGGACCCAGGAGCGUUUUAUUGUGUUCUACCUGUUAAGUAUUCCGUCAGUUUUAGAAAAAUGAAACUGAAUUCAUUUAAUUGCAUUUGUGUUCCAUUUUACCGCUGUUCGGAUCGGAUUGUGUUACCCUCCUAGGUGGAUUAAGGAUUUUAGCUUUGUGCGUCGUUUGUAUUUCGAACUCAGCAGUGCAGUAGGUAAAACACCGGUUUUGUAAUUGUAGGAAUCAGUUUUAAGAAUAGUUUAUUAUAAUUUGUGAUGCAAAUUUAGAGUUAGAUGCAAAUCCAACAAAGACAUUUAGAUAUAGCGAGAGAUACAAGUGGAAUCUAGUAGGUCUGACUAUCCUAGCGUGUACUGUUUUGUGUAUCGAAUAGGUAUUAUAGCAAAACCAACACUUCCUUGUGUAAAUAAAACGAGUAAUAUGACCAAUCAGGAAA